GCGACAGAAUGGUGGCAGCUGAUCGCACGCCGUUUCAUCAGAAGAGGCGGCUGUCUUCUCAACUUCGAUAAGUGGCCAGCGUCUUUUCCGGGGGAAGUGGGCAGACGGUCCGAAGAGGGAGAAACAGAGAGAUUCUGUUUAUUUGUAUCCAGUCCUUGAUUAAUUGGCCGCGAUAUUUGUUCUUUUUCUAGGAACAACAGACAGGCAAGGACCCAGGCAAAGAUUCAAUCUACCCGAUGGUACGUCGACGUUGGUCUGAAACUGGGCACGUUGAAAUGGGCGGGACUGACGUAGUGGAACCGACGAUAAUGGACUCGGAAUAUGAGCAUCGAUCGGAUAAUUUCUCGUCUGCAUCAGUGCAUGGACUCGUGGAGUGUUCAGAGCCUAGAGGUCGUAGUCCGAACGGAGACUUAUCUCGUAGACGUACGGAUGCUGAUGGUUGUACUUCGUACGUAGACGAGAGAGAUUGGACUCGAGCAGUUUGGUAUGCCGUUCGACGCCUGCUCUACAAUCUACUCGGCAUCAGACGGCAGCAGAGUUGCGGUAGACCUGAGAACGAGACCAGACCGGGCCGGGGUGGAGGUUGGGUCUCGGUGGGCGGUGGCAGUGUUGACGUGGACUUCGCGGCGCGGCAUUCUUUAGAUCGCCAGCGAAGCGAGGUGAGUCUUGCCAUUACCAUUUCUUAGCUGCAUGGUG